UUUCGGUGAAAAACGGAAGUAAACUGUGACGAAGAACAAUUUCCACGUUAGCGUUUUGAUUUAGACGUUUAUUAACACUAUGGACAUCUACAUUUGACUCAUUUAACUGCACAGCAUCGUAUACUUACCACAGGUUAUCUUUCAUUCGCGUUGGAGACAGGACUUAGUUGAUAUAUGUUAUCUAUAUAACGCUAGCUAGCUGCUAAUGUUAGCUAACAAUGGCCAACUGUAUUGUUUUUCACACUCAAAUAGCCUCCAUCAUGGAGGUGCUAGCGAAUGCAGCCGUGGCAGAGAUCUGUAAACUCGUAGACGACGACUAUGCAGUGUUUCGUUUGGAAAUAACUCAAAGCCAGAAAGAAAACAGGGCAUUGCGGAGGAAACUACAGCUACAGGAACUUAAGGUGUCACGGGAGCGCGCAGAGGGGACAUUGCGAGAGCGCGUCCUCGCCAGUCGUCCCAGAAGUGUAAAGAUCCUCGACCGAUACAGAGGAAUGGCAAGAGGUGAAGGACAUCUCACUGGAGGCCACAGGAGCUUUGUGAGGCCAGCGGGACACAAUACAUGGAGAGAUGACCAACCGAUUACUGUUGAUGAGGGGAGUGAAACCUCCAACCAGCAUGUUAUUGUGAUAGAGUCUGCAGAUAUAGAGGCUGCAGGUCCUGGGUUCAAGCAGGAGAGGUCUGAAGGAGAGGAGGACCCACGGCACAGCAGAGACAUCCAGACUGUAGCUACAGGGGGAGCUCCAGCCACUCCAGAGGAUCCCACCGCCUCACCAGCACAGCCCAGGACCAGACGCAGCAUCACGGAGGAGGAGGAGGGUCUAGAGGUGCUGCUGGUGAAGGAGGAGGGUCUGGGGAACCCUGAGGGGACCAUGGUCAUGGAGGACAACCAGACUACACCUCCUCCUGAACCCACAGAGGAACCAGCUGAGCAGCACAGGACCACACACAGUCUCACUGAGUCAGUAGACAUGGAGGAUGGAAAGCCUGAUCUGCUGCUGGUUAAAGAGGAGACAAUAGAAGAUGGACCAGAGAGUAUUGAUCAGCUGAGUGGACUAAAGAUGGGGGAGCAAGGUGGCUGGCUGGAGGCUAACAGAGGAGACUGGGCGGCCAUCUUGGAUUCCCAGACUGGUGCAGCUAAGGGCCCAGAGGAUGACAUCACCGAGCAGGCCGGGACCAGAAGCGACAUAGUGGAGGUCAGUGGAUGGGACAGCGUCCUCAACUCUGGGCUGGGGAACAACACUGUUAACCACAACCAGAAACAGACUGUCAAAUACAAAACAAACGAACUUAGUCUCCAUGACAACAGACUGGCUGAGACCAGGACGAGGUUUAGAUUUGGUCCGCGGGGACGGGGAGGUGUCAGUAUGCGGCAGGAGAGAACAGACACAGACUCUGCUAGCGAUGCUCCGUCCUGCUCCUAUAGUUGUGAUUCAGAGAGACUGAUGACUCCUCAGGUUAACCACCAAACAGGUGCUGCCUUCAGCCUGCCUUCUAUAGGAUCUAUCAACUGGAACAUGGACCCUGCAACAACACAAACACUCCCUGGCCGUCCUCCUCACACUCUCCUAAUGUUAAACCAGACCUCAGACAAUGCCAGUGCACUAAAUGGCUACACAAGCCCAUUGACAAAUGACAGUAGUAGCAACGCUAUCAGCAGAUCUGGUGGCAAAGAGAAGUGCUUCCCGUGUUCAUUCUGUUGGAAAGUCUUCAGUUUCCGCAAACAGAUGGAGAGCCAUCAGAGGAUGCACACGGGGGAGAAACCGUUUGGCUGCCACCUGUGUGAGAAGAGGUUCUCCCACCAGCACCACCUGAAGAGGCACCAGAGGGUCCAUACAGGGGAGAAACCCUACAGCUGCCCCCAGUGUGAGAAGAGGUUCUCCCACCAGCACCAUCUGAAGACGCACCUGAAGGUUCACACGGGAGAGAGGCCAUUCACCUGUACACACUGCGGGAAGAGGUUCUCAGAGAGGAGCUACCUUAGGAUACACCAGCAGAAAAUGCACAUGGCCCAUGUAUAGAGUAUAGAAACAUGUUAUGUAGUACUCGCUCGUAUGUUUGUAGUUAAUUCUGUUGGUUUUGGAUGUAGGAGGGAACUGAGGAAAGAAUGAGUAUGAUGAGGCAGAUUAAAUGAUAUGGUGAUGGAUGGUGUCUGUAAAAAAUGCUUUACUUAUGAAGAGUGACAACCUUGUCCUGUUUGAUAAUAAAGAAAAUAUAUGCCUUAAUUCAUGUUGACUUGACAUGAAGUAGAGAAGCUGUGAUGUUGAACCUUUUCCAAGGCAUUCUAAAAUAUCAUUUGAUCAAAGCGAGGGUACCAGAUAAGUUUGUUUACUUGUCACAUGUAUAAUUGUGUGCAAUAAAAGUACUGU